GUCUUAUCAGUCUCUGCUGCUUUUAUCUUGAGUUCACAGUUAUGAUGGGAGAAUCAGAUAUCCUUGGGGGGAUCCUUCGUUAUAAAUCCCAGAUAGCUUCUCAAGGUGAAGCUCACAUUUACUUAUAUUGGUCUAGGAUUUUAAUCGAAUGUGCCGCGUCUAUUCUCGUAGCAUCAUUCUUAUCCAAAUAUGUAGAUUUGAAAUUGACUUAUAUGAGAGUGAUGUUCCUAAUUCUAAAUAGUAGUUGGAGUAUUACCAUUAAACUUGAGGAUCCAUCAACAAAAGCUUCUGAUAUAUUGCUUGGAUCCCAUCUCCAACAAAAGCUAGCAAUAUCUAUUGCAUGA